CAAAACGUUCUGCAUUUAACUAGUCGUUUAGAAUUCCAGCAUUUUUAUUAAAGAAUUAAGUUUUUCAAUUAGACAUAAAUAAACUGUUAAAUUAAUCAUUAAAACAUUCUAGCUAAUAUUGUGCUUAUUGCAUUAAACAGGUGAUAAACCUAUUUCUGUGAGUGUUGAUCGUGGCGUAUGCAUGAUUUUGUAGAAGCCUUUUUUGAUCUGUCAUGUUAUACUUAUUUAUCGAUCAUUUUGAACCGCAAUGUCUGUGCAUUACAAAUUUAAAAGUGCAUUGGAUUACGAUACAGUAACAUUUGAUGGUCUGCAUAUAUCAGUCGGAGAUCUAAAAACAGCUAUAUCACAGCAAAAAAGAAUCGGAAAAACUUCCGAUUUUGAUUUGCAAAUUACUAAUGCACAGACCAAAGAAGUGUAUGUGGAUGACAAUACUUUAAUUCCUAAAAACACAUCACUUUUAGUGGCGAGGGUGCCACUAUCACAACAGCCUAAAAAACAGUGGGAAAAUAGUAAUAAUCAGUCAGCAGUCGUGAAAGAUGUGUCUGUUAAUAAAGGUCUUGCCGACCUGUCCCGCAUGGAAGGCAGUGAGCAGGAUAAGAUUAAUGCUAUGAUAUGUCAGUCAACCUUUGACUAUGAUCCAAGCAAUUAUCAAAAGCUAAGAGGACAAAAUCAAAGAGGUGUUGUUCCAGCAAAUUAUGUAUGUUUUAAAUGUCAGAAGAGAGGACAUUGGAUUAAAGAUUGCCCAAUAGCAAAUUCUAGUGACCCUGUUGAAAUAAGAAGAAGCUCAGGGAUUCCUCGUAGUUUCAUGGUACCAGUUGAUGGUCCAAAGGCACCAGGAGCCAUGAUGACCCCAAGUGGUACUUUUGCUGUUCCAGCUGUAGAUCACGAGGCAUACUUAGCCUCAGAAAAUGCUGGAGGUGCAGACACACCAACAAAUGCUCCGGCUGCACCAGAACCCACAAUUCCAGAUGAAUUGAUCUGCAGCCUCUGCAGGGACUUGCUGACUGAUGCGGUUAUGAUUCCAUGUUGCGGAAAUUCAUUUUGUGAUGAAUGUAUAAGAGGAGCACUUUUAGAGUCAGAAGACCAUGAAUGUCCAGAUUGUCGUGAAAAAGAAAUAGCACCAACUACACUGAUACCGAAUAGAUUUUUAAGAAACUCUGUUUCAUCGUUCCGGAAUCAGACUGGGUACAGUCGAAGGGCGCCUCACAGGCCGUCCGCGCCUCCUGUGCAGCCCAUUCCACAGCCGAUGGAACAACCGGUGCAAGGGCAGCCACCUAAUGCCGCUGGGAUGGUGCAGGGCCCACCCAAUGAUGAUAGAGGCGAUGUGGAGCGCGGAGGGCGGGACGACUCGGACGGCUCCGCGGAGGACAACGUCACGGUGACCGUGCCGCCGCGGGCCGCUCACGUCACGUCCGGCGUAAACGCGCCGCGUCCGCGUCACGCCGACAUGUCGAACGGAGCGCGGGGCCAUUACGGGCGCUCGUCGCGCUAUGGGCCCGGUCCAAGGAGUCAAGGAAUGGAGGGGCCUAAUCAGAUGGGCAGAGGUGACGAACAACGUGCCAGCACACCGACGAUUGAUGAGCGACGGGACCCCAUGUCUACAAAUGCACCAUAUCACCGAGGUCCGCCUCACUACAUGCCGGGGCUGCCACCGCCGCAUUACAAUGCACCAUUUGGAAGACCGCCUCGCUAUAAUGAACAGUACCCGGCGCACGACCUCUAUCAACCACCUCCGCCUGGGAUCAAAGAUUCGCCCAAUGCGCGCAGUGAGGACCCGCUGGAGGCUUUCAAUCGAAUGAUCCGCGAAAAGGAGAUGCGGGCCAAGAGACGGGAAGAGGAGAGGCGCCGCGUGCACUCGGGCUCGCGCAGUGCGUCGCGCUCGCCCCGCUCGCCCCCGGCCCGCCCGCCCCGCUCGCCCCGCCCGCGUGCUUCUCGCUCGCCCCGCCCCCGCGCGUCCCGAUCUCCCCGGCUUCGCGGGUCACGGUCGCCCCGUGCGAUCCGCAGCUCGCGAUCACCCCGCCCACUCCGCGAGUCUCGUUCUCCUCGCCCGAUACGCAUGUCUCGUUCUCCUCGCCCCGUGCGGAUGUCUCGUUCUCCUCGCCCCGUGCGGAUGUCUCGUUCUCCUCGCCCCGUGCGGAUGUCUCGUUCUCCUCGCCCCGUCCGGAUGUCUCGCUCGCCCCGCCCCGUCCGGAUGUCUCGCUCUCCCCGCCCCCUGCCUCCGCCCCGCUCGCGUUCGCCCCGCUCCCCGCGCCCCGUCCGCCCUCGAAGCCGAGGUUCGAGCAGACUUCGAUACUCUAGAUCUCGAUCGAUGUCCCGAGGUCGGUUGCGGCGUCCGUCGCCGUCGCCUCGCCGGCGCCGCUCGCGAGAAAGGUCUCUGUCGCUGUCCCGUACCGUGUACCCCAGCACGCCGUCUCCGCGGCGCCGCGUCCGGUCGCCGCUGCGGUACCGCUCGCCGCUCCGCUCGGUGGUGCGGACUCCGCCUCGCUCUCCGCGGCCCACCUCACCGCAUCGAUACGCAGGAGUGUACGACGAGUUGCUGUCGCCGCCACGACGCCCCAUGGAGCCUCCCUUCGGAGCCAGGUAUAGUGGUAGAGAAAAUCCAACAGUAUUUCCGCCUCUUGGAUCCAAACCAGUUCCGUUAAUGAAUAUAGCAAUACCGCCUCAGCAUGGAGCACCUCCAAACUAUCGUGGACGCUAUGAACCGCCGCCGUUUGAUGACGCUCCACCUGGGGUUGAUCCACCGGUACCUGGAUUUGAACCGCCGCCAUUUGAAAAACCUCCAUUUGGUCCUCCUGUAUCUAUUGAACGUGAAAGAUUAAACUACAGAGAUCCUUACCGACAGCCACCCUUUAUCGAUGGUCCUGGUUUCAGAAAUGCCCCUAUAUCUGUACAGAAUGAUAUGCCUUUGCACGGAGAUCAUCAUCAGCGGUAUCGAGAUAACUUUAGACCGGGAGCUUCGUAUCGUGAUCCUGUAGGCGGUCCCUACAGAGAUGCACAGCAUAUGAUGCGAGAGCAGGUGCCACCAUUACAACACCGAGAUACUAAUUACAGGAAUGGCCCACCAUUCCGAGAUAACUCAUUCAGGAACCCUCCAUUAAUAGAUGGUAACUUCCGAGAAAACGUUCCUCACAAUUUCAGAGAUGGCGCUGUACCAUUUAGACCUCCUAGUGCUGAUCCUAGGGAUCCUAUGGCCGUUCCUUUUCACGAUCCAAAUUAUCGAGAUGCACUUAGAGAAGAAAACAAUGGAAAUAGAGAUGGACGAUCAGGAUUUAGAUCAAACAGCAAUCGUUCAAGAGUAAGUUCACAGAGACAUGAUAGGCCUAGGGAACGAAAUGGAAGGGAUAGAGAAAGAUUCAAUGAUGGACGUGAAUCUGAGAGAUCAGAUAGACCUCGUGGUAGUGAAAAAGUUCGUGAUUCUCGUGAUCAUGAGAGAAACAGAGAUUACGAUAAGGAAAGAGAAAGAGGCCACGAAAAAACAUCGCCUGAAAGAAAGAAUCGUGGGUCUCCAAAAAGAUCUCGUGAUGCACGUGAGAAGAAGCGGAGUGAAUCCAGGGGACGGUCUCGCGAACGCGAAAGUAAAAGAGAGAAAAAAGAAGAACGUACUCGAGAUAAAUCGUCCCCAGAACGAAACAAAGAGCCCAAAGAUAAGGACAAGAAAAUAAAAGAUAGAAAGAAAAAGAAACGUGAAAAAGAGGUUGAAAAAAAGAAGAAGCGAGAUAAGAAAGAAAAAAAAGAAAAAGAAGUAAGAAAGGACGAGAAUGAAAAUGAUGAGGGUCAAUCUACUAAUCUCGAUGAAAAUACAUCAAAGAAAGAACUUAGUGAAGAAUCCAAAGAACUUAUCAGGACAGAUGCGAGUAAAAUGAUAUUUCAAGAAAUUGGAACAACAAAUGCGGAAGAAGCUAAAAAUGAUUUGUAUGGUGACGAGGCAGCAGAAGCUGUUGAUAAAGAAAUAAUUCAAAACUAUAUAAAAAGCAAAGAUGAUGAUGCAGACCAUGUAAAUACAGAAAGCGAGCGUAAAGAUCCUGACAGCAAAGAUGAACCAUUUGAUGGAAUAGAAUUACAGCCGGCAGUAGAUGAACUAGGCGUUGAUUUGGAGCUCCCUUCAAGUACUACAAAAGAAAUGUUGGCUCCACUUCCUGAACUAUCAAAAUGGGAAGUAGAAGAGGAACAUGAAAAAGCUAAAGAACCGGGAGAAUAUACGUCACCUGAGGAAGAAGAAGAUACUAAAAAAGUAACAAGUGAAGUUAUAAAACGAGCAGAAAAGGCUAUUUUUGCCAAAACAAUAAACUCAAUGAGACCUAUUGAAAUUAAAAAAAUCAGUAGUGAUCGUCUCAAAUUAUACGGUGAUGAUAUACAUUCUAAAAGUUCAAUUAAUAAUAUUCAAAUUACAGUGCCUGUUAGCAAUGUUGAUCAGAAAUCAUUAGAAAGACCAGAACGAAGAAAGAGUUAUUCUAAAACACCACCACCACGUUUGUCUAUCAAGGAAAGACUAGGCGGAAAAGUGGAAGACGUUCGUAGAGUCAGAGAGUCUCGGGUCGUUCAUAGUACUGUCGAACUUGUAAAAUCUCGGUCUAAAACGCCCAAAAAAGAACAAGGGCCAUAUCGUCGUGUCACGGUAGAAAAGGAACGAAAUAAGAAGCCCGAUGGUCGAGUAGAUGUAUCUAAAGAUAAGCCACAUGAUAAGCGGGUAAAGGAAAAUAUUAGAAUGGAUGAAUUACAUAAGAAGAAAGAGAAAACUAGGGAUGAACAAAAACAAUCAAUGAGCAAUAAGGAAGAAUUAAAAAAUGUUAAACAUCUACCAAUGGAAGUUGACCGCGAGCGAAAGAAAUCUGCGUUAGACGAAUCACACUUUGAGCCUGACUAUGACGAAAAUAUUGAAUCAGAUAGCGAACAGAAAGAAGUUUUAGCUAAGAAACGUGAACAUGGGGGCUCGCCGGGUCCGUUUGACACAAAGAAACUAAAACUUGAAAAUGAAACUAUCAAAUUGGAUCUUACUAAUGUAAAAAAGAAACCGGAUACAGAAAGUGAAUCUUCGAGUGACUCAGAUGCCUCAAGUUCAACGUCAUCGUCGGAAGAUCGUAAACGCAAAAAGAAGAAAAAGCGUUCGAAGAAAAAGAAGAAACGCGCCGCUAGUGAUAGCGAAAGUGAUUCCGGCUCUAGUUCCGAUGAGCACAAGAAGAAAAAGAAAAAGCGCAAACAUAAGAAGAAGUCUACUAAGAAGAAGAAAAAGUCUAAGCAUAAGUAAAAAACGUAAUAUUCUUAAGAUUUAAGAAAGCGUGUUAUAUUGCAUAAACAUACCGAAGUAAAAUUUUAAUUUUCAUUACUCUACGUAGUUUCGCUUUAGGUGUUAGCAGCUAUGUCAUCGUUGGCGAUAACUGUUAAAUAUUCAUUACUGUUUGAAUUCUAAUAUUUAACAUUGUAAUAAAGUUUAAUGCAUUAAAUAUAA